UAAUGAUUCGAUUUGGAAAAUCACCAUAACAUAUUUAAAAGAACCCAAAAAAACCAGAUAAUUUAGAAAUUCUUACUUUAUUAGAUAAUUGUACAUGUAAUUAAUAUAUUAUAAAUUAGUAAUUUUUAAGGAUGAUAGAAUAGCAUUAAGAAAUAUGGUAAAAGAAGGUAAUCAAGAUGUUAUAGCAAUACUGAAUCACUAUAAAAAGGGCAAUAAUCUUAAAGAUUUAUCAACUGAUUUAAGGAAAUAUCUUAGAAGGAAAGGAGAUAAGGAAAAUGAAAAAGUUCUCACUUGCCAAUCUCCUACAUCAAACAGAAUUUAAAAAGUUUAACAAUUAUAACUUUAACCAUUACAUGAUAGUUAAAAGAAAUCAUGUCCUGAUUUAUGGAAACCUGUUGAAUAACAAUCUCCAAAAACAAUUAAUUUAGGUAAAACUAAUCAAUUUGUUAAUGAUGUUCAAUAUUCAGAAAUUGUACUUUCAGAUAGAAAUCAAAAUGAAUCUAAAGAUAUAGAAUAAACUUAUUUUUAAACUAAUGUCUCUUAAUAAUAUGCAUUUCAUCAACCAACUUAAUUAGACCAUUCUUAAUAAUAGAGCAGUUAAUUAUAAAAUAGUUAACAACAUUAAAUUUAAGAUUAAGAUAUUGAUAUCAAUGAAGAAGAUGAUAUACAAUCUGAAUCUUCAAACGAAAGUAUAUUAAAUUAGAUUUCUCAACCUCCUCCUUUAAUUUAAGAUAUUACUCCAAAAAAUGAAGUAAAACCAUCUUAAUUAUUUCAAAGUGGUCAUUCAACCUAUAUAUAAAUAAAUACUGCCUAAUCUUAUCUUUAACCACUAUUAACAAUCUAAGAUAAAUCACCAAAUCCUCUUAAAUCAUAAGAAACUUAAAAUAAAAUUAUUGUCAAUGAUUCCCAAAAAUAUUAUAGUUUUUACAAUUAUUAAGAUUAUCAAUAAGUAGCUCAACCAUAAUAUAAACAUUUAUUCACACAUUGGCCAUCUCUAUUACAUAAACUAGAUCAACCUGAAUUUGUUCCAAAUUUUAGAGUAGUUCCUUAUAUUAAUGCUACUCCUGAAUAAAUAUUUACUAUUCUCUUUCCAAAUUCAGGUAGAGUCAAAAUUAGUUAUUAUGCAUUUGAAAACUAAUUAAAACAUAAUUUAUUAUAAAUUGAUAGAGACUCUCUCUUUAAAGAAUUAGAUAAGGAUUAAGAUGAUUGGAUAAAUUAUAGUGAAACUGGUGUUAUUCUAGAAGGUUUGUGUUUAUAAGUAGAAUAACCAAAAAAUUGUGUAAAAGUAAUUUUUGAAACUUUGAAAUCUACUCCAACCAUUCCAAAUACUUUAAGUCUUUCAGAUCUUGAACUAUUUGAAAAAAAAACAGAUUUUCAGUUUGCAAGAUAGUAUAUAAUAUAUAUAUAAUUAAGAUUAAUGUAAGAAGUAGAUGGAAAUUAAAAAGGAUAUUUAACUUAUUGGGAUUUAUAUAUGCAUCGUGACAUAUUUCUAAUGGAAAGAUUAUGUUAAAUAGUUUCAUCAAUUACAGGUGCCACUCAUUCACACUAUUGAAA